UUUGCCAGUCACUUCAUCAUGGGAGGUGAGAAGUUUGACUCUACACAUCCUGAAGGCUAUCUCUUUGGGGAGAACAGUGACCUCAACUUUCUUGGGAACAGACCUGUACCAUUUCCAUAUGCAGCACCUCCUCCCCAGGAGCCAGUGAAAACUUUGAGGAGCCUGAUCAACAUCCGCAAGGACACACUGCGUUUAGUCAAAUGCACAGAGGAAGUGAAGUCUCCAGGCGAAGAAGUCAGCAAAGCGAAAGUCCAGUACAACGUAGAGUUCACGUUCGAUACAGAUGCACGGGUGGCCAUAACCAUUUAUUAUCAAGCCACUGAAGAAUUUCAGAAUGGAGUGGUGAGUUAUAUCCCCAAGGAGAGCAGUUUACACUCCGAGACUGUCCAUUAUAAGCGAGGUGUAUGCCAGCAGUUCUGUUUGCCUUCCCAUAGCAUUGAUCCCUCAGAAUGGACUGAAGAAGAGCUGAGCUUUGAUCUGGACCGCGAAAUAUAUCCCAUGGUGGUUCUUGCAGUGGUAGAUGAGGGAGAUGAGCAUAUGGGUCACUGCCAUGUAUUGCUGGCAACUUUUGAGAAGCAUGCGGAUGGCGGCUUUUGUGUGAAACCCCUCAAACAAAAGCAAGUGGUGGAUGGAGUGAGCUAUCUCCUUCAGGAAAUUUAUGGGAUAGAAAACAAAUAUAACACACAGGAUUCAAAGGUGGCAGAGGAUGAGGUGAGUGACAAUAGUGCAGAGUGUGUAGUCUGCCUCUCCGAUGUCCGAGACACCUUGAUCUUACCUUGCCGCCAUCUCUGUCUCUGCAACACUUGUGCUGACACCUUGCGCUAUCAAGCUAACAAUUGUCCCAUCUGCAGAUUACCAUUUCGGGCCUUGUUACAGAUCAGAGCCAUGAGGAAAAAAAUGGGACCCCUCUCCCCCACCAACUUCAACCCCAUCAUUGCAUCCCAGACAUCCGAUUCAGAGGAACAUUCAUCUUCAGAAAACAUCCCUCCUGGCUCUGAGGUUGUCUCCUUGCUGGAAGCCCUUAAUGGGCUCUCACUCCAUCCCCAAGCAGCCCUUCCAGUCCGUGUGCUUGGGGACAACCAUGUGUCAGGCAUGCUACCCCACUAUGGCAGUGACAGCCACUUGCCUCCCAUCCAGACACUGCUUCCCUUGAAGUUAUCAGAUUGUGGCAGUCAAGGACAUAAAUUAAAGAAGACUUUGUGUGUUUUCACCAGGUCAAUCUCACAACAUUCCUCGGUAUUACAUGAAGAAGAAGAUAAGGCUUGUAGUGAAUCUGAAGUCAGGAUUUCCCAAAGGAAGUCUCCCUGUCCUCGUGGAGAGAAUUGUGGUGUGACACCUGAAAGCGAAAAUAUCACCCUAUCCUCCUCAGGAGCAAUAGAUCCAUCUUCAUGCACAGGAACACCUCUUUCUUCUACCAUUUCUUCUCCAGAAGAUCCUGUUAGUAGCAGUCUGGCUCAGUCAGUCAUGUCUAUGGCCUCCUCCCAAAGUCAGCACUCCGAAAUCAGCACAGAUACCAUGUCUUCCAUGUCAGGUUCCUACGUAGCCCCGGGCACAGAAGAAGAUGGAGACAUGGCUGCAUCCCCUGCUGUUGUCAGUGAGGUACCUUCAGAAGGAGAUUCAACUCCUGUUGAGUCUUCUCCCGAUGAAAAUUUUGUCAGUAUCUCAGCAGAGGACGAGAUUGUGGAGGGGAAUGAUGUCAGGGAAGAAGAGGAUGCCUCUCCCACACAGGAAGAUGGCCAAAGGACAGGCGCAUACCUAGGUAUGGAGUGUGACAAUAACAAUGACAUUGGCAACGCAAGCGUGAAAGUUCUGGACAAUAAGGUGUGCUCUGAGGCCCGCUUACCUGAUCUUCCAACAUCAGCUGACAACUCGCCAAACCACAGCCAAAUGCUGAGACACCCCUUCUCUGAUAAUGCUGAUCUGGAGUUUGCUGAAGAUAUGCAGCAUAUGUUGGGACCUCUGUGUCAUCAAUACCAGAAAGAAAAAAUAAUGAUACUAAACACUCUUCACAAUAACAAGAGCAGCAAAGUCGUGGGUACAAACUUCAUCAAGUACUGCAGAUCAUAUGAUACCUAUUUUAAAUAGAUACAUAAUACUAAGCAUUCAAAAAAAUCGCUAACUCAAUGGUUUGUGGUGGUGGUUUGUAUUAAAAUGAACUUGUGGAGAGGGUGGAUGAAUGAGCUUGAGAUGAAUGAGCUUGAGAUGGAUUUGAUGGUUGGUACCUCCAUAAAUUUUCUCUCCUUUCCCUCCUAUUAUCUUGCCAACUCAACCCGCUUUGUAAUCAUCCUUUCCUUUUAUGCUCUUAAUCUACCACUUGUUUAGGGAUUGUCAUAACACUGGGUUCCUUCUGCUACGUAGCUAUGAAUUAAUGCCAGGUUAUCUGUUAAGUUCUUAGCAUGUACAUACUGAAUGUGUGAUUGUGAAAAUGUAAUGUAUGCGGAAACAAAUUCACACCUCCAAAUCUAUGCAUUGGAAGAGCACCAUGUCUUCAUCCGGAGUGAUAAAUGCAUUUUAUAUCACCUAAUGCCUGCUGACUUGAGAAGAAACAUAAGGAUCUGCCUUUUUAUCUAUUCCAGUUUCAUCCUGUAGCCUUUUAGUUACCCUUCAAACAUGCUCAGUUAGCUGUUCUGAGCCACAUCUAAGGGGUCAAUGCCAAAGAUCUAAUAUCAGUUAUAGAUUAUUCAAGAUCUGGGCUGAAUUGUGGGAUGUAACAUACAGAGACAAUGCUGUUUCAGGGGAAUUAACACACCUAGUACCAUCAGUACUUUGGUAAAGAAAUAAGUUCUCUCCAAGUGGAUAGAUAAGUAGUGUAGCUAGCUCUAAUUGAAACUUUUCAACGGGGAGAUUUCUCUGUGAAAAUUCACACAGAUGUCCCUCCCCCCUUCGGCAAAAGGAAAUGAACUAACUGUAGGUGUGGCUGGGGAAAACAAAAAGAACUGGCAUAAAAUAGCAAUUUGUUGAGAGAUAUAUUAAAUACAUUAUUUGUAUGGUGAUGUCACUUGAACUACAUGCAUGUUGUUAAAGUCUGUUUAUAUGGGUAAAGCCUCUUUGAAGAUGUCUUUCAUUACACAUUUGUUAAUUAUCAUGUUAACAUAUUUCCCUUGGUGACGAGUAUAUGAAAAUCAUACCAAGGCAGCAAUGUGAUUUCUUUUACACUGAAAAACAAUUACUUGCUUGUUCAUGUAAUGAUCGUGCUGCAAUUCUCUUUCCUCCCUUCCCAACAUAUUACUAGCAAUCUGGUGAAUCUCCAGUAUCUUGGGGCCAACUGUUUUUGAAUAUAUGCAUUAAAACUAAUGAAAGUUUUGGAGAUACGAUCUCUACUGGACUACUGAAGCUAUGGACAUAAAUGGCAUUCAAGCAGUUUUUUGGAGACACGGCGGAAGCAAAACUACUAACUGUAGAUGCGUAUGGUUUUUUUUUUCUGUUUAAAGCUGCUUUACCUGUCUUUGGGUGCCAUCCUAUUGGAGAUUAACCAUAAAGUUUUACAGCUGGACAAUCUAGUUCCAUUAAUCAUUCAAUGAGAAGGGUUCAUUUAUAAUUUCCAUCAGAGUAAUGGUGGUGGACUGCUUGGUUUUACCUUGAAUCCUUGCUUCUAGGUCUUCAUUAAUAAGCUAUAGUAACUGACAAUUCUUCACAGAGAUGUAGAGUUAUUUUCCAGGAGAUACUUUCUGGAUGAUGAUCUUGUGUAGCCUCCAAAGGAAGAAGACAAAGUGCACCUCAUCACGUUCUGCAUCAUUCCUCAUCCCCUUUUCAAGGUUUAAAAUGCAAAUCUGCUCAGGUACUAUCAUACCUUACUUUGUGUAGUCACAUAAGAACAAAUGUGUGCAUUGCUACAUUGGCAGCAUUUCCACUGCAUCCUUGGAUGGCUUAAUGAAAAAUACCAAGUUUAAAUACACAUUAACUAAACAGUAAAAAAAUGGUAAAAGUGGUAAAAGUAAACAAAAGCAAAACUACUCAGCUCUUAUUUUGACUUAAUCUUCUCCAACAAGGAGAUGUUAAAAAAGCAACUGGGAAGAACAGAAUAAAGUGACAGGAUUGAGGUUUGAGGGCAAAAGAAAUAUGGUCAGGAAAUACCUGUUUAUUUUUGAAUAAGAAAAUUAAUUCAAUAUCAAUUGGAUUUUAUCCUUGGAUAUCAAAGGAACUGAUUGACAGUGCUGCAUGAUCUUUGGAAAAUCUUGGAGAUCAGGGAAUGUGCAAUGCAGAAGAGAAUAAAUGUUUCCCUCUUCAAAAAGGGAGGAAGGAUCCAGAGGAACUAGAGGUCAAUCUAAUAUCAGUAUCUGAGAAGUUGAUCUAGUAAUUACCUUGUUUUCAAAAUGUUGACAGAAGCCAGCUUGGAUUUGUCAAGAAGUCUAACCUAGCAACCUAGCUACAGGAUGAAAUGCUACAGAUAUAAUUCAGUAUUUUUUAUUUCAGCAAAGAAUUUGGAAAAAAAAACACCCCAUGCUAUUCUGAUUAGCCAACUGGUUACUUGUGGAUUUAAUUUUAUAAUAAUUAAACAGUUGGUUUUUAAAAUUAUAUUUAAGAGUAUCCAUCGAUAAUUCCACAUCAAAUCAAAUGAACUUUUGUAAAUGACUGGAAUGAGAAAUGGAAAUUUGAUUAGAAUUCUUUAUUAACCAAGUGUGAUUGGACACACGAUGCUUCUCAGAUUUACUGACAACACCUUCAAAGCUAGAAAUAAGGCUUAGAACAAUCCUGACAGGUUACAGAAAUGGAUCAAAAAUAAUAAUAAUAAUAAUAAA